GUAAUAUGACGCUGUAUAGUGAGCUUUAAGUUUAAUAGCAGAGUUAGCUUUUGUAAAGAGUACAUGUAGUUUAUCCAACAUGGCAAAUAGGUUUGGUCAUAAUCAUCUCCAUGCGCAUGGUGGUUUUCUGAAAGAAGAUUUAUUAAAUGAGAGUAUUGACCUUUCUCAGCUUUCAGAAGAUGAAAGGUGGAGGAUUGAACAUCAAAGACUCCAUGCCAGACACCGUGGACAUGAGACUAUGCAUGCAUGGAUGGUUCUUAUUCUUAUCACAGCUGUAGUGGUUGCUCAGUUGAUUCUUGUUGAGUGGAAAAAAAGGCAUUACAGGUCCUAUCAGAGGGUGUCUCUGUUGGGUAUGUGGAUCAUUCCUGUCUUAGUUAGCCUUCGUAACCAUUGGUGGCGUUUCAUUAUCAUUUGGGCAAUUUUUACAAUAUUAACAUGUAUUGUAGUUAGCCGAGGUUUGCAGAAACCCAUAUCUGGACGGACACCAAGGUUGGUGUAUAAGUGGUUUUAUCUUAUAUACAUGAUAAGUUAUGGACUUGGAGUAUUAGGCUAUGUUGUUGUUAUGCUAACACUGCUUGGAGUGAACCUCAUGUUUCGAGCUCAACCUCAAACCUGGCUGGACUGUGGACUUAUGUGUCUUUUCUAUGGACUUUACUAUGGUGUUUUGGGCAGAGAUAUAGCUGAAAUUAUAACUGAUAAAAUGGCUGCAACUGUUGGAUACUAUACACCAACUGGAAUUCCAGUCCGUCAGUUAGAACCAAAUGUCUGUGCAGUUUGUGGGAAUAAAAUCCUUGUGCAAAACAAUUCGGAGGCCAUUGUAGAGAAAACCUACAAGUUGGCUUGUGAACAUAUUUUUCAUGAAUUUUGUAUUCGAGGCUGGUGCAUUGUGGGAAAGAAACAGACAUGUCCGUACUGCAAGGAAAAAGUAGAUUUGAAAAGGAUGUUCUGUAACCCAUGGGAAAAACCUCACGUCUUCUAUGGAAAUUUUUUAGACUUUAUACGUUAUUUAGUUGCAUGGCAACCACUUAUCAUAGCAGGAGUACAAUUCAUUAAUUAUAUGUUGGGUCUUGAAUGAAUAGACAUAUAUUAAACUUCCAAAGUUAGUUAAUUAAAUCUAAAAUGUGUGCAUUGAUUAUAAUAGGAAAUUCUUAAAGUAUGUUUGUCAUUUGUAUUCCUAAUUUCAGUUCUGUUCUUUGUUGUAAAUGAAGCUGUAUUAUCACACAGAACCUAAAAUUAUUUUUAUGUUUCAAUUUUUAGAGGUGUUUUAACUGCAUUAAAUUAUUUCUGUCAAACUAUUUCAUCCUACUAAAUUUUAGGUGCUUGGAUUGAAUUUGUAUAAUGUAAGAAAUAAGUUAAAAGUAGAAGGAUAUAAGGGUUUAUUUAAACUUGUAAACAUUUGUUUUUCUUAUUAUUUUGAGGGAAGUAUGCCUUUAAGUUUCUAUUUCUUUUAUAACUAUUUCAGUAAAGAUUUACCUUUAUUUUAUUUUUCAAUGAAACCCAACUAAUGCAGGAAAGUAACUUGUAUAUUGGAGAUGCUUAGUACAAAAUAUUUCCUUUUUUUUCUGUUAUGCUCAUCCCCCCCUUCUUAAAAGUUGGGUAACUUUAUAUAUUAAGGUGAAUUAUAUAUACCAAAAUUUUCUCUUUUGCAUCUUGUGACAGAAUUUAAUAAAAUUUGGAAAGACUA